UUCAUAACGGUGCUCGAUGUGGCAAGUUACAAAAGUUUGCGGUCUAGAGGGGGCGGUGGGAAAGGUAGACGGUCGUCCAGACUUAGCCAAACACAACUGGAGAAUGACCCAACCCCUUGGGUGACCUCUUGAAAUUCCAGAGCUAAAUUUCCCAUCUCAUUCUGAUUACUUCUUCCGACUUGAUAAUCACGGUUGCUGUUUGGCAGUGAUGAUGUCGAUGGAAAACUUCAAGCAAUUCCUUGUCUUUCUCGUCUCAGCGCUGUCCGUCGGAUUCGUGUCGAUCAUUUUUGUUAUGAGAUGGGUUUUCCACUUUAAAGAAGGUCUUGCUUGGGACGGAGGAUUGGCCGAAUUCAAUUGGCACCCGUUACUGAUCGUGGUUGGGUUUAUUUUCCUCCAGGGCAUCGCCAUUAUAGUGUACCGACUUCCUUGGACGUGGAGAUGCAGCAAACUAAUGAUGAAGUUUAUCCACGCCGGUCUAAACAUCCUCGCGUUUAUCUUGGCGGUGGUUUCCCUGGUCGCCGUCUUCGACUUCCACAACGCCCAGAACAUCCCCAACAUGUACAGUCUUCACAGCUGGGCGGGGCUAGCGGCAGUCAUACUGUACGCGAUUCAGCUGGUGCUGGGCCUGGCGGUGUACUUGGUGCCCAUCACACCAGGGUUUGUGCGGGCAGCGCUGAUGCCCCUGCACGUGUACGGCGGCCUGUUCAUCUUCUCCACCGUGAUCGCCACCGCCCUCAUGGGCAUCACAGAGAAGCUCAUCUUUGGACUCAAAGACCCCAAGUACAAAGACUCCCCCCCUGAAGCGGUCUUUGUGAACGUGCUGGGGGUCCUCAUCGCUGUGUUUGGGGGGCUCAUCCUGUGGAUCGCCACACGCCCCGCCUGGAAAAGGCCCAGCGAGAACCAGCUGCGACUGGCGCGCAGCAGUGACCUCGGACCCGUGGCAGGUGCCAAUGACGGCGCCGCCAUGACGACGCCCGGUGACCAGGAGACCAGCGGCGACCAGGCUCGCAGGAGGAACGGGAAGGUGGAAGAAUCUGUGGGCAGAAUUAGUGUCUGAGCUUACCUCUGA